UGGAGGAGCUACUACUGCCCACAGAUGGCAAGGAAACACGAUACAACAAUAGUACGUAUUCUCCAAGAGGAGACUCUGGGGGGAAACCCAUGUACGAACGCGUCAAGACAUUUUUACAUGGGACUUUCGUCGUUGACUUGAAACAGUGGCUGAGGGAGUACCUGAAGCUCAACGGCUUGCUGACACUCUCGGUUUUUGCCGUGUUGGCCGGCUGUCUCCUGGGGUUCAUGUUGAGAGGGAGCCAUCUCUCUACCCAGGCUAAGAUUUAUUUUUCAUUCCCUGGAGAACUUCUCAUGAGAGUGCUCAAAAUGCUGAUCCUCCCCCUCAUCACGUCCAGUUUAAUGUCAGGCCUGUCGUCUAUGGAGUCCAAAGCCUGUUGUCGUGUGGGUGUUCUCACUGUGACCUACUACCUGUGGACCACCUUCAUUGCGGUGGUGGUGGGUAUCCUGCUGGUGAUCAUCAUCAAGCCCGGUGUGGGCACUGAGAUGGACAGCAACAGGCUAGGAGGAGGGCCCGUCAUGACUUCUGCUGAUGCCUUGCUAGAUCUCAUUAGGAAUAUGGUUCCUUCCAAUCUUAUUGAGGCGACAUUUCAACAGUACAAAACAGAUCUGGUCCGUAUCCUGAAAGUCCCCAGAGUCACAGUACAGCCCAACUUUGUGUACAUCAUGCCUGACGAUAGUGGCCCCACUGGUCGGGCGGUGUUCCUGGAGCUCACUCCACCCCCUGAGAUUCACUACAAGACCAGAGCUGGCAGCAGCCAACAGAUGAAUGUGCUGGGGAUUGUCAUCUUCUCUGCCACCAUGGGGCUGUUACUGGGGAAAAUAGGCGAGAGAGGAGCACCACUAGUUCACUUGUGUCAGUGUAUCAACGAAUGUGUCAUGAAAAUCAUCAACACUGCUGUUUGGUAUUUUCCAUUUGGGAUCAUAUUUCUCAUAGCUGGAAAAAUGCUGGACAUGCAGGACCCAUCUACUCUUGGAAAGAAGCUGGGCUGGUACACUAUCACUGUUCUGGCUGGGCUUUUUGUCCACGGCCUCAUCCUCCUCCCCUUCUUCUACCUCAUCCUGACUCGGAAAAACCCUUUCACUUUCAUCAGAGGCCUGCUUCAAGCCUUGGUCAUAGCACUGGCCACAUCCUCAAGUUCUGCCACUCUGCCCAUUACUAUGAAGUGUUUGCUGGAGAACUGCAAUGUGGAUCGGCAGAUAGCACGCUUCGUGCUGCCGGUAGGCGCCACCAUUAACAUGGACGGAACAGCUCUUUACGAGGCCGUGGCGGCCAUCUUUAUCGCCCAGGUCAACGAUUAUGAGCUGGACUUUAGCCAGCUGGUCACCAUUAGUAUAACAGCUACAGCUGCCAGCAUAGGUGCUGCUGGGAUCCCCCAGGCCGGCCUCGUCACCAUGGUGAUUGUGCUGACAUCAGUGGGUCUGCCACCUGAUGACAUCACUCUCAUUGUGUCCAUCGACUGGGUACUGGACAGAUUCCGAACCAUGAUCAACGUGCUGGGAGACGCCCUGGCAGUAGGAAUCAUCGGCCACUUAUGUCAGAAAGACUUUCCUCGCAGACCUACUGGCAAGUCACAACCUUCAUAUGGCACACAGAACUCUCACAACAUGCAGAACAGUGUGCCUAUGACCGCGCUGCCUCUGCACAAGCAGGACUGCUGCUAUGAUGUGUUGGGGGCCACAGUCAAUGAGAGGCCUACCAUCUACUACAACAUCUGUCAAGUUUAACUCCUGAAAAGACAUUAACCUCAAAUGACGGACAACUUUGGUGCACUUUUCCCCUACUCGUGCCAUGAAACGGUACUGAAAGAACCUGCUCCUGCUGUCCCCUAUCCAGUCUUUUUGUGACAGAACUUUUUGUGACUGAACAUUUUCGCUUUGUCGGUGACACUGUAAUGGACAAAUCAGUGUUUUCCACAAAUACCUUUUAUUAAAAAAAAAUAAUAAUUAAACAGUGAUGAGUUAGGAAUCGGCCAAAUGUACUACUACGAUCUUGUCUAUGUGGUAUUGACUCUUGCUAUUAACUCGAGUCGUCCAACGUGCUGUGGAUUCACUGGAUGUUUUUUUCUCACUGUUCCUCACCAUGGUCUCUAUGGUCCAUGUGACAGUCAUAAUAACAGCAUGCAGGUAUGCAUUUUGAACAACUUGUUUGGCUUGAUUUUAUUUUUUUGCAUACAAAGGAAGUAGGUCUACUGUCGGGUCAUACUGGACAUUCUGGGUCAAUGGCAAUAAACUAAUUUCACUCAACUUCGUCUUCUAUUUAAUGCGCCUAACAUUUAUUGGCAGUUUCAACAAUCUAAAGGGAAAGUACAGGGGGGGAAAUUUGUUUAAUUCAAAACACGUCGUCUGAUUAUCUUUUUUUUUAUAUGUGACCCUGCUUUCCUUGUAUUCAAAAACCUAAAUGUAAUGUUGCCUUAAAUAAAAAAUGUCACUUGUC